GCUUUCGUGGGUGGCUGCACUCUUAUCUGGCUACACUCUCGAGCACCUGGAGUGGACGCUCAGAGAGCCAUUCCACUACAAUGGUGUCAUCGGUGUCCUCAGGGUGCGCAACUGGAAGCCUGAGCCUGGUACUGAGUGGCUGCGGCAGUACUGAUUUGUGUUCCAGAAGCUGGGAUCCUGAGGCAGCUGUGCAGAAGACAUAGUUCUUUGAAUUCGAUCGUGCCAGAAAUCAGGCUGAAAUGCUGUCAUACCGUACCAAGAAGUAGAAAAGAUGAAAAAAGAUAGAGAAAAGUCUGUGUAGGAUACACGAAAUAUAUCAUGAAAAUAGCAUCAUAUCUCUGCAUCAAGUUCUACAUCGUCGCCGAGGACUUCUUCUUCUCCGGCCUCCAUCUGGCCGGCAACACGGCCAACAAGCAGGGUUCCGCGGUGACCGCCGUCAACGUCGUGCAGAUCGGCGGUCUUAACACCAUGGGCAUCUCCCUCGUCCGCAUCGACUACGCGCCGAACGGCCUCAACCCUCCUCACACCCACCCACGCUCCACCGAGAUCUUGACCGUGCUAGAGGGUUGUCUCCACGUCGGCUUCGUCACCUCGGACCCUGAGAACCGACACUUCACCAAGGUUCUCGCCAAGGGAGACGUGUUUGUGUUCCCCAAGGGCCUCGUCCAUUACCAGUUCAAUAAUGGGAAUACACAUGCGGUGGCCAUCGCGGCACUGAGCAGCCAGAACCCCGGAGUGAUCACGGUAGCCAAUGCGGUGUUUGUGUCGGAGCCUGCCAUCUCAGAUGAUGUUAUUACCAAGGCCUUCCAGGUGGAGAAGAACACGGUAGAUUGGAUCCAAGCACAGUUCUAAACAGUCUUGUGUUCCACGUGUGUUUGUUUGUUGAAGUAGUAUUAUUUUGUCUUUAGCUUCGUUUGUAUUGCAUUGCAUUUUCUUUAUAGUAUUGUAAGUUGAGGACA